AAACCCCAUGGGUUUAGUAUUCUCAAAGACCCACCCUCUCUCUGCUCCUUCCUCUUCCACGUGAAGGGGGAUGAAAUUGAACUAGCCGGCGAGAGAGGGCGGCGCAUGUGCAGAUCUGUCCCGGUGCAAAAGCCUGGAAGAAGUUUCAUGGAGGAGCGUAGAAGUUUUUCAGGCUAGCUAGGCUCCUUCCUUCUGUUCGGAUUGUGGGUUAAGCGUGCCUUGGGGAGGGCGACGCGACCAUGGGAUUCUUCAGCCGUAAGGGCUGAUGAUAGAUGUAAGGGGGAGAUAUCUCUCUACUCUCUUUGUAUGCUAGCCUAUACUUGUAAUACUACAGGCUCAUGGCAGGGAGCCUGGGCCCCCCGAGGAGGCAGGUGGAAGAAGAGACGCGGCUGGUGCUGGAGGCAUUCCUCCAAAGGGCACUGAGCAAUGGAGAGGCAGAGACCCUCGGUCACGUGGGCGGUAGCUACUAUGAUCCUAGACGUUACAUGCACAGCUCCCCAGCUGAACAUGCCCAACAAUGUCCAGCCUGGAGCCCCGUCCAUGAGGAGAUUAACCGCGUGGAAGAAACAAAGCAUGGUUUCCGCACCAGCAUCAAGCGUCUCUUGCAACGGCGGCACAGUCCCCGGAGCCCCUCGGACAGCCAAACUUCCCCCAGGGGCUCCUUAAAGCGGCCCAAGGCAGGGGCUGAGAUUGGGGAGGGGGCCUGCCAGAAGCGCACCUUCUCCUUCAAGAACUUCCUGCGGAAGAAAGGAACUUCCUUGGGGGAGGCAGCAGGCUCCAGCGGGCCUCCCCGGCGCCCUGACUCUUUGCCGGUUGUCACUUGCUACUGUAGAAAACACCCCUCUGAGCAACAGGAGCCCCUGGCAAAUGAUGGUGAGGCUGAGAGUGCUGAGUUGUAUACCUUGGUGGCCGAGAAACUGGACCACUUGGUGAAACAGCAACAGCUGAUGAGCCCUUCAGUAGCAAAAAAAUUGCCUUCUCCCACAGAGAAGAUCAACACACUUCCCACAGACCCUGUUUCCAGCACACCAGUUAAUUCGGAGGAGCUGCCGGGAGAAUUGGAUGAGAGACAAAAAGAGCAAAUCCUCCAGAAGCUGAUUGCCCUUCUGGAAGAGCAGGCUGGAGUCAUCAAUAAGGAGAUUGAGGCUGACCCAUUGCUACGUAACACCGUAUCUCGCAUGUCAUACCGCAGUUUCUCACGCCUGGCAGAGGCUUUCACCUCGCGUGCCCCUCCUGGGGUUCCCAGCCCCCAGCUGGCCAAACUGGCCCUCACCAUGGAGCUCACACGAAAAGUGGCCGGUAUCAAUAGCCAUGCAGUACACACCCUCAUGGGCUACAGCCUCCAGUAUAUGGACAUGUUCGUGCCUUGGCUGCAACAGCAUGGUGGCUGGAAGAACAUUGUAGCACAGGAUGAGAUAUUUGAUCUGCAACUUGACUAGCCACUCCCCACUACCAUGAGCCAACGUCAAUGCUCUUAGGACUGUGACAAAGGGAAGAAGAUGCUGUUGGGACAUCUUGAGAAAACUGGCUACUGGGUGGUCUUUUAUUGUCUCCCAGGAAAAGUCUCAUCUUCUCUCUCUACAGGGUAAACGCCACUCAAGGAGGAAGGUUAUGUCCUAGCAACCAGGAGCAGAGUUUGACUUUUACACUACUUAUGGGAUCUAGAAAUCCACACUAACAAAUCCAGAACCUCUGUGGUUGGAUUGUAUUGUAGAAAUUGUUUUGUUUGUUUGUUGCACCAUUUGGCAUGCUGUAUAUUGCAGAACUGCUCCUCCAGAAUUUGGAGUUUCUUUUUAAAAUUUGGCAAAGGAGAUAUUGGGAGUCGUAGAAAAAGAGAAAGUUGAAAGAAGUAGGCAACGAGAGAGAACAAACUGAGAACCACAGGAUUCUAUAAGUAGGAUGAACAGAGUCUGUUCUUAGCCUUAUUACCUUUUUGUCUGUGCAUUUUCUCUAGUAACUUGGAAUGCAACAAUAUGCAUUUUGCACGUUUGUUUGGAAAUAUGCAAUCACAUUCUGUGCAACUUGUUUCCAAGUAACUCUGUGUAGGACUGUAGCCUAAGGUGGUCUCAAAGUCUACUCGCUCCCUUGUGAAUCUCUCUAAAUGUUGAGAUCUUUUGCAGAGCCCAUUGCACGGAUCACAGUCAUUGGAGGCGAGGUGGGUGGUGACCCAAGACGGCACCUAAUAAGUAAUGACUCCUCAUUUCUGGAAUGCCCUCCUGAGGAAGGCUUGCCUAGUGCUGACUUUGCUAUCAUUUCACCAUGAGGUGAAGAUCUUUUUGUUUGGGAAGGCUGUUCAGAUGCAGUUUUUAGUAAAUGGUUUUAUGCAGGGUCUGUGCCAGAGGGCAGCCAGGUUGGGGCCUGGCCAAGGGCCCCUAAGGGGCCCUUCCUUAGGGUGAGUGGGUAGUGCUCCUUUUCGCUAUCCAUGGCAGCAUUGGCUGCCCACCCUACCGUGGAUUGCAGAGAGGGAGCUCCCAGGCACCCCCUCUAUUACCGCGCAGGUCCGCGACGCCCACCUGCAUGCCCCACCUACCUUUACCCUUGCUGGCUGCACUGUGGAAGCAUGCCAGCCAUCAACCAAGAUGGUGGCUGAGGCUUCCCUAAGGGGCUGAUGCCCCUCCACCAUCUUGGUUGAUGGUAGGCAUGUGCGCAUAGCACAGCCAGCAUUCACUCCAAGGGAAAGGUAGGUUGGGUGUGCAGGCAGGUGCCGACGCCCGGGGCAGGUUGGUGCCCAAGGGCCCUAGCAUGCCUGGCUCCAGCCCUGGUUUUACAUCUUGCUUGGUUCUGGUUUUAAUGUAUUUUUUACUACUCUUAUAUAAUUAUUUAUUACAUUUGUGGGUUUAUUCUAAUUUUUUUUAUUUGUGAGCUCCUUUGGGGAGCUUUGCGGGUUGAAGAGAGGGAUAUAAAAAUACUGUAACAGGAUUUGCAAGCACAUUUUGUAAACUCAGUGGAACUGUCUUCCACAUGUAUAUAGAUUAGACUGGAUUGCAAAUCUUUGAGAAUAAUUUAACCCUCAAACUCAGGGAUUUGGCUGUGUUUUUGUGGAAUGCCAAUGACAGAUAUAUGCUGUAAAUUUUUUAAU